GUACAUACAUUCUCACAACUGCUCUACUGCCUUUGCUGGAAAACGAAGAUGAUCCCAGAGUUAUAAUUGUCUCUUCAGGAGGGAUGUUGGUUCAGAAAUUGGAUGUAUCUGAUUUGCAGUCCGAAAAUGUAACAUUUGAUGGUACAAUGGUCUAUGCCCAAAACAAGAGACAGCAAGUAGUCUUGACAGAACAAUGGGCUAAAGUGCACAAAAACAUCCAUUUCUCUGCCAUGCAUCCUGGCUGGGCAGAUACACCAGCGGUGAGAUCAGCGAUGCCAGAGUUCUAUGAAAAGAUGAAGAACAAACUGCGCACAGAGGCUCAGGGAGCCGAUACAGUAGUAUGGCUGGCAGUCUCACCUGCAGCAGCUAAGCAAACAAGCGGCCUGUUCUUCCAAGACCGGCAACCUGUUUCUACCCACUUGCUCUUGGCCAGAACAUAUUCUUCACCAGAGGAGGAAGAGAAGCUAAUAGAAGCUUUGGAAGAGCUUGCCCAGAAAUUUAAACCUGCUUGAUCAUGUCUUCUAUAGGCAUUUAUCACUACUCAGUUGAACAGAAAUGAAGCUUUGACUUGUAAUAUAGUUCUGCUAGUGUUGUACCUGUUACAAAUAUGAGGGGAAGAGAACAAGUUUGCUACAACUAAUAUAAAAAGGUGAACUAUGCUUCUAC